AAAAAAAAAAGUUAAAUUUAAAACAAAAAUACAGUAAAACAAAAAGAAAGGAAACGAACGCGAGUAAGAAACAAACGUAAAGUGGAAAUCGGAACUUGAGAGAAACGAAACCCUAAAUUUUCUCCGACACGUCCCAAUUACCAUGACAAAACAACAUGCUAACUGGUCUCCAUAUGACAACAAUGGAGGAUCUUGUGUUGCAAUUGCCGGAUCGGAUUACUGUGUGAUUGCAGCAGAUACGAGGAUGUCCACUGGUUACAACAUCCUUACUCGUGAUUAUUCUAAAAUCUCCCACUUAGCCGAGAAAUGUGUGAUGGCUUCUUCUGGUUUUCAAGCUGAUGUGAAGGCUUUGCAGAAGGUUUUGUCAGCUAGGCAUUUGACAUAUCAGCACCAACACAACAAGCAAAUGAGCUGCCCUGCAAUGGCUCAGUUGCUUUCAAACACGCUUUAUUACAAACGCUUCUUUCCCUAUUAUUCUUUCAAUGUGUUGGGGGGCCUUGACAGUGAAGGAAAGGGAUGUGUCUUCACAUAUGAUGCUGUUGGUUCCUACGAGAGAGUGGGAUAUAGCUCUCAGGGUUCAGGAUCCACUCUCAUUAUGCCUUUUCUUGAUAACCAACUGAAGUCCCCCAGCCCACUUCUCUUACCUGCCCAGGACGCUGUUACUCCACUGUCCGAAGCAGAAGCAGUUGAUCUGGUCAAAACUGUUUUUGCAUCUGCUACCGAGAGAGAUAUAUACACUGGGGAUAAGGUUGAAAUUGUCAUCCUAAACUCCACUGGUAUUCAUCGCGAGUUCAUGGAACUAAGGAAGGAUUGAUGCUGUUGCACAUGAAUUUAUGUUCAUGAUAGACUUGUACUGAGAAUGUUUGGAAUGCUCCUAAAUUAUGAAUGUGGUCUAGGGUUUUUCCCGCAAAAUUGAGAAAUGCUUUCCAAUUUGAACUAUUGCUAGUCUGCUCACAUUGUAACUAGACUGUGCUUUUACUUUAUAUAUUUGCAUUGGAUUA